AUGGGCGAGCGCGUCGGCAACAAACACGCCGUCGCGGUGCAAGUCGAUCCGCAUGACGGCGGAGAAGCGUCCAGUCGAAGUCGCCACGGCCGCCGCGCACCGCCGGCUAGCUGGCCCUACACUUUCACCGCCUUCUGGCUCGCGUUCAUCGUAUGCGGCACGAUCUGCCUCGUCGUCCUGAAGUACAUGGCGUACCUCAGCUUCCCGUUUUAUUCCAUCCAUCUCACCGGCUAUGACGGCAUCGGGCCGGGCCCGGUCGCCGCGGUGCUCUCGCCGGAGUUCAACCUCACCGUCCAUCUUCGCAACACGUGCGUCGACCGCGCGGACUUGACCAUCCUGUACUCGGGCGUCGUGCUCGGCUGGGCGUGA